CUAUUCUUCAUCUAUCAAGGAAACGUUCCAAUAGUAGUCUCGAUAUGACUCCAGCUUGUGUCCCAGCUUUCCAUAACAAAGACGAGAUGCAAACUCCGAAAAACGCCCGUCUUUCCUGGUGAGCCUGCUAGCCUCGUUAUUGGACUGGCGACGCAAUGCUAUGUACUCCUUUCUGAGCUCCAUAUAACUAGCGAAUGGAAAUACUUGUAUUUUUGCAAAGUAGUCAUUCAGAGAUCCAAUUAUUGUAUGUGGUCCUACACAGGUCCUUCGCUUCCUCCUUCGUCGCCUUUUCUUUCUUUUCGUUUUCUUCCCAGUGCUUUCGCGAUGUCCCUUUGGUUUCUUCUUUUUUCCAAAACUCAACCGACGGUUCUGGUUGCAUUCAGAGUUGGAAAUAUUAUGUUCACCAUCGACAUGAUCAUCCAUUGGCACAGUUUUCCCGUUGCUCUGCUCCUCUGCCACGAUAACUUUUUCACGAUCGAUCGAGCGUGAGACUUUUGAUGUUCUUUUGUUGGCUGUGCGCUCCAUCUUUAUAAUAGCCGCUUGCUGUCUUCGUAAUUUCAUGAGCAAUACGUUCUGUGCAUAAGUGCGCCGCCUUCGUCGUUUCGCCAAGGUUCUUAUGUGGAAUAG